AUGCGUGUCGUGACGUACGAGUACCUGUGCACGCUCCUCGGUGACGAGAUUAUGCGAUCCACGUCGAAACGGGUGCUCAAUCCCGACGCCCGUUUGGAUUUGGAACGCAACGUUGCGGACUGCAUUGCCGUGUUCCCACGCCUGCAGACGGGCCUGGAUGUCAAUGUUCGCUUUACAGGCGACACUGUCACCAAGGCCGCCGUCUCGAACAAGACGUACAAUCAGCUCAUCGUCGAUAAUCCCACGCCCGAGCAAACUGCAUCGAUGCACCGCGGUCUCGCCGUUGAAGCCUUUCUGAACGAAUCCCCAACACAAUUGACCGAGCACGGCGUCCGAGAGCUCAGCCGAUUGAUCAAGCCUGGUGAACUGGCCGUCUUUUUCCGAAACAACCACUUUGGCACCAUUUUCAAGCGGGAUCACUUGCUCGACGAGCCCCUCAACCAGCAUUUGGUUGGCUCGCCAGACUUUGAGCCCGUGCUACUCUUGCUAACAGACCAGGGCUACGUGGACACUCCUGUUGCGUGGGAGACGCUGACUUCCGUCGCUGGCGAUGGAUCGCUUCUCAACGCACGCUUUGCCAAUGCUGUCUCUGAGUCGCAAGCACAAGAAGAGCGGGAUUUGGCUGCCGCCCUGGCUUUGUCGCAAUCCGAGCAGAAUCAUACGGCUUCUGAGGCACCUGCCGCCAACGCUGAUGCCGACUUCCUGCUGGCCAUGUCGCUGCAAAAGCAAGAGGACAACCUUGCAGCCCAAACUGCCGUUCACUUGAGAGCGUCAAGAAGUAACGACGUCGCGUUGGAUGCAGAGUAA